AUGAAGAGCUCAGCCAAAAUCAGUCGACCGGGAAUGUCAGGGGCACCGAUGAAGAAGGCUGCGAAACAUCUCGAUGAGCUGGACUUCUUGACGCCCAAUAAAACCACACGCAGACCUGCGGGGACGCCCUCGGGCCAGAGCGCUACCUCGAGCCGGACUGCAGGCCCAUCCGCCCAGCGCGACCUUGUCAGCCAACAGCCACCCACCAGUCCUUUCUCCCCAGCCAUCCAACCGCUCGUCGGACCCUCAACAUCAGCAAACGAACUCACGCCAUCGGCUAUCGCCGGGACGCGAUCAUUGAAACCAUCGGAACUUCGGACCACCUUCCUCAACCGCCUCGAGCGAUUCAAAACCAUCGAGUCCUUGAACCAGCAUCUCCCAGCCGCAUCCUCCCCCAGCGAACCCUCCAAGCCCCGCCCCCUGCCCCUCCACUUCGACCCCUACAAGUCCAAAGACCCAGGGAAAUUCAACUAUCGGUAUAUGUACGAGAAGCUCUCGGACCGCUCCGACGUUCUUGACCGACUACUUGAAGAGGCCGCCAUGAUCCUGGCAGAAUGGUACGAGAUCGAGGAGUGGGCGGAUCCGAGUGUGGUCAGCCAGGAAGAUAUCUGGGCCUACGGUCGGAUAUGUGCCGAAACGCAAGACUCGAAAAUAUCUGACCAGGCCUGUUGGCUCGAAACCAGUCGGAUGAUCGGCCAUGGCAGGAGGAUCAGAUUGCAAUGGGCUGACGAUCUGAAAGUCCAUGGCGUCGGACCACACGAGGACGGUAUCGGCUUGUUCCCAGGCGCGAUCGUCGGUCUCCGGGGUCGGAAUGGUGGCGGAACUUACUUCAGCGUUCAGGAGAUCUUAUCUAUGCCGAUGGCAGACCCUGCGACAACGGCGCCUAAGAAGUUAUUGAGUUAUCUGACCAACCCACCGACGCCUAUCUCAUUGGUUGUUGCUUGUGGGCCGUUUACGUGGGAUAACGAUUUGGAUUUUGUGCCAUUUGACGCUUUCAUCGAUCGAUUGAUGGUAGACCAGCCUGAUUGUGUGAUCCUCCUGGGCCCAUUUAUAGAUGCUAAUCACACGUUGAUUAAAACCGGGAAUAUAACCCAAAUGCCCAGCACGAUUUUCCGAGAAAAAAUCUCAAGUAGGCUGAAUAAACUCGUUGCGAGUUCGCCACGGACGCACGUGAUCCUGAUCCCAUCACCGCGGGAUCUACUGGUGAGCCAGGUGGUCUAUCCGCAAGCGGCGCUGAAUAUGAAAGAUCCAGAGCUAGGUUUGGUCGGGGGAAAGAUAGUCUGUCUGCCCAAUCCGGCGACCAUCAGCAUCAAUGAAAUCGUCAUCGGAAUCAACAAUGUCGACGUCCUGAUGCCUCUAAAAAAGGAGGAGUUUUUCAAACAAGCUACGGUGGUCGUCGAAGAGGAAGCUGAUCAAGAGGCAGCCGAUCCCAACGCUACGAAUGUCAUUUGCAGAGCUUGUCGCCACGUCAUGAGACAACGCAGCUUUUACCCGCUUUUUCCACAUGCGAUCGGGAGUGGAUUCGAUCCAAUAAACUUAGAUGUUACCCAUCUGGAUCUACUCAAACACGACACAGUCGGAGCAGAUAUCAUGAUCUUACCCACCAACUUUACUGCAUUUGUUAAGUCGAUUGACUCAACUGUAGUGGUCAACCCAAGACAACUCUGUAAGCCUCGGGGCACAGGAACCUUUGCUCACCUGACCAUCCAUGACUUCAAUCGCGAAAGUCUCCUGGAAGCUUUGGCUCAAACGAGCGAAGACGAUGACGGGCUCGAACAUCUCCUUUUUGAACGCUGCAGGGCUGAUAUCGUCAAGCUGUGA